AUGAACCCUGUCCCUAGCCUGGUCCCCUGGUGUCAUAGUAUGAAGAGUCAGCUUCGUGGGGUCUACAGACAGUGUUUCAUCACAGAGAACACAGUUGGAGGAGGGAGUCCACGGUGUCUAUCACCCAGUCUACAGGGGAGAGCUCUCACCAUGGUGCAGUAUGUAUGGGGCCCAGUACUAGUACCUGUCACAAUAACAACCAACCAGGGCUGUAGGUACUGUGUAAAGGCCUGUAGGACAGAGCUGUGGAUAUCAAGGACUUCAUCUAUAAUAUGUCAUGCAUUUGUAUAUUAUCAUUUAUCAGAAAAAGAAAUCUCCCUGUGUAUUGUAUUUGUGUUUUUUUGUUUUUUUGUUUUAUAUGUUGGUUAUUGUUUUGUGUUAAAAAAUGAAAUAAAUUGUCUUUACAAAAUAAAUCGGCAUUCUGAUGAAAAGGCUUGCCCCUGUUCGGGUGAAGACAUUCUUAUCUUCCUCUACUCUUUCUCUCCCUCUUCUUGUCUUUCCUCUAGGCCCCUCCUCUCAUCCUAUCUGCUCUCUCUCUCCACUUGUCCUCACUCUUUCCCCUUAAUCCCCCCCCCCCCCCCCCUCUCUCCAGGGAGAAGUUGAUGGACUGGAAGGACUUCCUGUUGUUGAAGAGUAAAAGGAACAUCACCAUGGUGUCAUAUCCUGCCUCACAGUAACCCCGCUCCCUGGAGCCAUGUUAGAAUAUCAAAUGGUAUCCUAUUCCCUAUUUUUGUGCUCCCAAUAUUAUGAGGUUAGAGAACAGCCUCAAUUCAUCAGGGCAUGGACUCUACAAGGUGUUGAAAGCGUUCCACAGGGAUGCUGUCCCAUGUUGACGCCAAUGCUUCCAACAGUUGUGUAAAGUUGGCUAGAUGUCCUUUGGGUGGUGGAUCAUUCAAAUAAAAUGUUAUUGGUCACAUGCGCCGAAUACAACAGGUGUAGACUUUACAGGGAAAUGCUUACUUAUUAUGCCCAUGGCCAACAGUGCAGAUUUAAAAAGUAAGACAAAUAUUUGCUAAAUAGAAUAAAAAGGAAAUAGUAACACAAUAAAAACAAUAACGAGGCUAUAUACAAGGAGUACCGGAACCGAGUCAAUGAUACACAUGGGAAACUGACUGUGAAAAACCGAGCAGCGUUGCAGUUCUUGACCCACUCAAACCGGUGCGCCUGGCACCUACUACCAUACCCCGUUCAAAGGCACUUAAGUAUUUUGUCUUGCCCAUUCACCCUCUGAAUGGCACACAUACACAAUCCAUGUCUCAAUUGUCUCAAGGCUUAAAAAUCCUUCUUUAACCUGUCUCCUCCCCUUCAUUUGCACUGAUUGAAGUGGAUUUAACAAGUGACCUCAAUAAGGGAUCAUAGCUUUCACCUGGUCAAUCAAUGUCAUGGAAAGAGCUGGUGUUCUUAAUGUUUUGUCUACUCAGUGUAUAUCUCAAGUGGUUUCAGUGUUUCUCCGUUUCCAUAGCAUGUUGAGAGUGAUAGAAGCUGACAACUAUCCAUGGGGUAUGGUCUGCCCUGGUGUCAUCACAUACAGUAUGUCAUUUCUACUGUAUGUCUCUUAUCUGCAGGAGUAGAAUGUCCUCAUGCAUCUAGUUAAAAUCAGUUAAAAUCAGUUAAGGUCAGUUAAAGUCAGUUAAAAUCAGUUAAGGUCAGUUAAAGUCAGUUAAAAUCAAAGCAAAUGCUGCUACAGUAGUUCAGACCACAUUGGACAGAUAUUUAUGACAAUAGUUCAGUGUAUUUAACUAUGAAAUAGUUGAGUGUAUUUAACUAUGAGAUAGUUGAAUGUAUUUAACUACGAGAUAGUUGAAUGUAUUUAACUAUGAGAUACAGUGAGGGAAAAAAGUAUUUGAUCCCCUGCUGAUUUUGUACGGUUGCCCACUGACAAAGACAUGAUCAGUCUAUAAUUUUAAUGGUAGAUUUAUUUGAACAGUGAGAGACAGAAUAACAACAAAAAAAUCCAGAGAAACGCAUGUCAAAAAUGUUAUAAAUUGAUUUGCAUUUUAAUGAGGGAAAUAAGUAUUUGACCCCUCUGCAAAACAUGACUUAGUAUUUGGUGGCAAAACCCUUGUUGGCAAUCACAGAGGUCAGAGGUUUCUUGUAGUUGGCCACCAGGUUUGCACACAUCUCAGGAGGGAUUUUGUCCCACUCCUCUUUGCAGAUCUUCUCCAAGUCAUUAAGGUUUCGAGGCUGACAUUUGGCAACUCGAACCUUCAGCUCCCUCCACAGAUUUUCUAUGGGAUUAAGGUCUGGAGACUGGCUAGGCCACUCCAUGACCUUAAUGUGCUUCUUCUUGAGCCACUCCUUUGUUGCCUUGGCCGUGUGUUUUGGGUCAUUGUCAUGCUGGAAUACCCAUCCACAACCCAUUUUCAAUGCCCUGGCUGAGGGAAGGAGGUUCUCACCCAAGAUUUGACGGUACAUGGCCCCGUCCAUCGUCCCUUUGAUGCGGUGAAGUUGUCCUGUCCCCUUAGCAGAAAAACACCCCCAAAGCAAAAUGUUUCCACCUCCAUGUUUGACGGUGGGGAUGGUGUUCUUGGGGUCAUAGGCAGCAUUCCUCCUCCUCCAAACACGGCGAGUUGAGUUGAUGCCAAAGAGCUCGAUUUUGGUCUCAUCUGACCACAACACUUUCACCCAGUUCUCCUUUGAAUCAUUCAGAUGUUCAUUGGCAAACUUCAGACGGGCCUGUAUAUGUGCUUUCUUGAGCAGGGGGACCUUACGGGCGUUACAGGAUUUCAGUCCUAUGGUCCCAGCUGCCUUGAGAUCAUUGACAAGAUCCUCCCUUGUAGUUCUGGGCUGAUUCCUCACCGUUCUCAUGAUCAUUGCAACUCCACGAGGUGAGAUCUGGCAUGGAGCCCCAGGCCGAGGGAGAUUGACAGUUCUUUUGUGUUUCUUCCAUUUGUGAAUAAUCGCACCAACUGUUGUCACCUUCUCAUCAAGCUGCUUGGCGAUGGUCUUGUAGCCCAUUCCAGCCUUGUGUAGUUCUACAAUCGUGUCCCUGACAUCCUUAGAGAGCUCUUUGGUCUUGGCCAUGGUGGAGAGUUUGGAAUCUGAUUGAUUGAUUGCUUCUGUGGACAGAUGUCUUUUAUACAGGUAACAAACUGAGAUUAGGAGCACUCCCUUUAAGAGUGUGCUCCUAAUCUCAGCUCGUUACCUGUAUAAAAGACACCUGGGAGCCAGAAAUCUUUCUGAUUGAGAGGGGGUCAAAUACUUAUUUCCCUCAUUAAAAUCCAAAUCAAUUUAUAACAUUUUGGACAUGCGUUUUUCUGGGUUUUGUUGUUGUUAUUUUGUCUCUCACUGUUCAAAUAAACCUACCUUUAAAAUUAUAGACUGAUACUUUCUUUGUCAGUGGGCAAACAUACAAAAUCAGCAGGGGAUCAAAUACUUUUUUCCCUCACUGUAGUUGUUGAGUGUAUUUAACCCAGCUGAUGUUACAUACCCAGAGGAGUUACUGCAGUGUUGUGGUACUGAAUCUCUGUGUUGUGAGGUGUAUUGACACUAACCCGCGGAUAUUACGUACCUUGAGGAGUUCCCAGGCCUGAUCCAUUUCAUCUAUGUUGACCGCACCGCUGGUCAGAUGAUCGCUCCCUCUCUCAACAUCACAGACCGCGCCACCUCUGAGCUAGGAAAGGGGCCGCUGGGUAAUUUCAUCAAGGGCAAGGUUAGACUGCAUCAUCUACACUGGGUCUAGAGGAUUGUCUGAGAGUUAGCCGCUAGUUUGGGAUUAUAAUAAACUAAAAUAGGCUCAAAUGUUGCCUUAGUGAAUGUAAAGCUGGUUUGAUAUUUUCAGUAAAUGUAUGAUUCCUGUCUCUCUGUCUCUGUCUCUCUGUAGGUAUGGGGUCUGGUUAAUACAUCGCGCCUUUACCUACAGAAGGGUUAUUCCACUGUCACUCUGAGAGAUGGAGACGACUUCUUCUGCUACCUCCUUUGGUUCAAAAAUGAAAUGGUAAAUUACCUCUACUAUGUUGGGUACACCAAGCAGGGUUUUCGCAUUGGAAUGUUCUGGAAUGUCAUUGUGUUUGUCUGACCUUUGACCCCUGACCAAUCAGGGCUAGAAGUGAAGCUGGAAGUGAAGUAUCUGCCAAUCCUGCUUGAUGACGCCGUCCCCAUCGGAAUGCUAGCCUGGGACUACUAC